AUGGGGCUGGUGUGGGUGACCUGGGCCAACAUGAGCUGGUGUCCCCUGUCCCUCGCAGGUGCCCAGACCACACAGCUCUUCAUAGAGCCCCCCUGGAGGCCGGCGGUGCUGUGGGACCAGGUGACACUGACCUGCCAGGGCUCGAGGACUGCCAGUGACACCACCUGGUACAAGGACAGGCAGCGCUGGGGGCCGAAGGGACCCAACCACCUCACUGUCACCGAGAAGGGCACCUACGAGUGUGACAGACCUGGCAGUGGGCGCAGCCCCCCGGUGACAGUCUUAAAUGACAAUCUGGUGCUGCAGGUGCCAGCACGGGCACUGCUGGAGGGGGACACGGUGACACUGCACUGCCGGCACAGGCAGAACAAACAGCUCACAAGUGUGUCCUUCUACCAUGAAGAGAAGCAGCUGAAGGGCCCCCAGGAUGGGACCAAGCUGUUCCUGUCCCCCCUGCAGCUGAAUCACAGUGGCCGCUACCACUGCAGGGGCUGGGUGCCAUCAUAUUGGAGCGAGUCGAAGCGGGUGACAGUCACUGUGCACAGUGAGUGCAGUGAUGGGGACAGAAAAGCCCAACAUCCUCCAAGGGCUUCCCCACCACUGCCUGAAUCCUUCAUCCCUCCCAUUAUACCUCCCUGGGUAACCCAAAAUUUCCCAAGCCCCUCUUGGUUUCCCCCAUGACUGCCCAGUUCCCUCCUGCAGAUCCCUCAUCCCUCUCUUUGUCCUUCCCAGCCCUCCCUGGAUUCCUCACCCCUUCCAAGGUCCCUGCUCCACCCUCUGGUCUCCCUUCCUUUCCUGGGUCCUCCCGCCCAUCUCUAAACCCCAAAUCAUUCCCUGAGUCUCCUCAGCCUCUCGUCUGAUUUCCCAUCCCUGCCUGGGUCUCUCCCCCUUUCCACGGGGUCUCGCCAUUGUUCCC